AUGAUGAUGAUGAUUGAUGAUGAUGAUGAUGAUGAUGAUGAUGAUGAUGAUGAUGAUGAUGAUGAUGAUGAUGAUGAUGAUGAUGAUGAUGAUGAUGAUGAUGAUGAUGAUGAUGAUGAUGAUGAUGAUGAUGAGGAUGAUGAUGAUGAUGAUGAUGAUGAUGAUGAUGAUGAUGAUGAUGAUGAUGAUGAUGAUGAUGAUGAUUGA